AAGCAAGACGAAUUUUAACCGGCUAAAAAACAGCUAGCAUUGCCUUGUCACACUCACCGCGAGCAUAGCCUUCUCCAAAUUAAACUAAAUUCACCUGCUAGAAGCUCACAAAUUAACAUGUUUUGUUUGAAUUAAUCCUUACGGAACUGAAUUCAUAAAAACUACAAUUUGUCCGUAAGUAGUUUUAGCCCCAAAUUGUUAGAUUUGGUCAUAGCCAGACUAGCUGUUUCCAGUCUUUGUGCUAAGCUAUCGGCUGCUGGCUGUAGCUUCAUAUUGUGUGUGUGCAGAUACAGGACUGGUUUCAAUCUUCUCAUCCAACCCUCGGCGAGAGAGCAAAAAAUGCUUUUUAGUGAAAUGCCCUAUACACAUGAAAAAUGACAAAACUGUUUGUUUUCAAGAUCAUCAGAAAAAUAAUAUUCUUCUGCCAAAAUGUUUAAGAUUCAAAGUCUUCAUUUUCUGGACACUUAUCCCUCUCCCCGGUCCUUCUCACACAUGAGUGCGUCAUAUAACAACCCUGAUCUGUGCUCACAGUGGAGGAAAUUACCUGAGUGUAUUGGUGAGAAACUGAAUGAUAAAAUCUAGAUUUAAAGGAGAACCCAAGUAAGUGAAGGAUUUCAAUAGUUACUGUGUAACUGUGAGUAUCUGUGUGUACCUUUAGUGUUUGCAAAGGAGGGGGGUAAUUACGGUGUAGAAUGUCUUCCUCAUCACUGGACCUGAGAACACACCAGUUAAUCAUCCACUAACUGGCAGCGAGAGGGGGAGAGAGAUCCAGGGUUGCAUUCAACAAAGUUGGACUGAAAGAGAAAGAGACACCUUCAUUCGUUAAAAGGUAAGAGGAAGAGACAAGUCUUCAUCAAACAGUUUGGACUGAAGGAUAUACUUACCAGAGAGUGGAAGGACGAACAAUCUGCGUCCGAGGAAAGGCACCUGCGUCUGACGAGGGAUUUUUUAGCAGUAUUCUCUCUGUGUGUGUUAGUAUGUGUGUUCAAUGUGGGCCAUCCGGUUUUUGGAUUUGAUUGUGUGCGCUUGAGAGGGGGCCACAUGGGGUCCUGGCCCUGUAAGGGAUGCCAGCUGCAGCGUUAAAGCCCGCUUCGGAGGACAUGGUGGCAGAAGGAGGGGGCGACACGUCCCAGUGGGAAGCUGCGGGGCCGGGCCGGGAGCGGCUGCCCUCCCUGAAAGUCCCCAGGGAGCUGCUGCGGAGCUUCCCCCACUCCAAACGGGUGGGAUCCUACCUGGUGGGGAAAAUGAUCAACAAGGGGUCGUUUGCCAAAGUGAUGGAGGGGCUGCACAUUGGCACGGGGGAAAAGGUGGCCAUUAAGGUGAUCGACAAGAAGAAAGCGCGGCAGGACUCGUACGUGCUGAAGAACAUGAAGAGAGAACCUCGGAUCCAUCAGAUGAUCCGACAUCCUCACAUCGUGGUCCUGCUGGAGACCCUGGAGACGGAGAACAGCUACUAUAUGGCCAUGGAGCUGUGUGCUGGAGGAGACCUGAUGGACAGGAUCUGUGAGCGGAAGCGGCUGGAUGAGAGGGAGGUGCGGCGCUACACCCGUCAGAUCCUCUCUGCAGUGGAUCACCUGCACAGACACGGCGUCGUUCACAGAGAUUUAAAGAUUGAAAACUUCCUGCUGGACGAACAUAACAACAUAAAGAUCGUUGACUUUGGCCUGAGUAAUUCUCUGAAGACUGAAUCCCUUUCUCUGGAGCUCCUCAACACGCAGUGUGGAAGUCCUGCCUACGCGGCCCCUGAGCUGCUGGCUCACAGGAAGUAUGGACCCAAAGUGGACGUCUGGUCCGUAGGUGUGAGUAUGUUUGCCAUGCUGACCGGGACUCUGCCCUUCACUGUUGAGCCUUUUAACAUCAAGCAGCUGCACCAGAAGAUGGUCAACGGAGAGAUCAGCAGCAUCCCCAGUGACGUCAGCAAAGGUGCAGUGGCGUUUGUGUUGUCUCUCCUGGAGCCAGACCCAGCGAAGAGACCCAGUGUCAGAGCUGCGAUGGAGGAGAGGUGGAUCAACGAGGGAUACGCCAAGAAACCACUACACACACUCACUCAUAAAAACAGGUUGGGUCCAGAGGAUCUUAACUCCUCUGUGCUGGGAUACAUGACGGACACGCUGGGCUACUCCCUCUCUGAAAUCAUACACACACUCACCAUCAACAGACCCUCUGCCAUCAUGGCCUCCUAUCACCUGCUGCUCCACAAGCUCAGCAGGAGCCAGAAGGGAACAAAGGCCAAGAAACUAGAGAAUAAUGACUGGAGUCUUCCAAGCAAGAAUACAUGGAGAGAGAGGCAUAACGCUGACUCAAAGACUCAGAAUGAACAGACCAACGAGAAAAGCUCAAAGCCGUCCAGCCAGCCGUUGAAAGCCCAACAGACGACAGAAUAUCACAUCAACAGGAAGAGGCCUGAGGACUUCUUAUCAAAGGGGCGCCGAGAGGACGCAGAAAACCGUCCCCCUUCCCCAUCCCUACCCCAGCUUCCUCACUCUGUCUCCCCCUCAAUACCCCCCUGCCUUCCCUCCCCUGGCCCCCUGUGCACAGAGGACGGGGCCACUGAUGAGGAGAUCGCCAUCAGCUUAGACACGAGAGAGAUGCUGUUUCCUGAAGUUUCUGUGUUCGGGGACAGGGAACUUGUCCGUCUUUCUCCUCCUAAAACCUCUGCAUCGCAACUCUGUGAAUCCGCCCCUUGCCAAGUCCCUUUACCGGCCGAGCCAAUCAGAGACGGCAGCACGUCGAGGCCGAUUCGACACACACACCUGCUCAGGACAACUCAAUCGGACGGGGCGGCAGGCCCCGGGUCAGACUGCUUCCACGACAACCGCCACCAGGACGACCACUCCCAUCACCUGAGCAUCAACGAGCGUCUAGAGAAGCUGCAGACAUUUUAUUCCUCAGAGAAGAACGGCAUCUCUCCCAGAAUGCUCCUGGAGGCGGACGCACACCCCACAAAGACAGACAAAGACCAACUGAGUACCAUGGAGACAACAUCCACGUCCACCUCUGCCCAACUGCCCCGCCUGCGCAACGUGGGGCUGAAAGACGGACGAGGCAGGAAGAUGACGUGGGUAGGGUUGACCCGACCCGGACCCCCAGGACUUCUGGUGAACGGGUCCAAACCUCCCGCCUUCCCCUCACAGAGACAACAUACUUUGGUUAUUAAGAGCCUCAGGCAGGAGAGGGACAAGAGAAAAGAUCUGUCACCAGCAGCAGGAGGCGCAGGAGACAGAGGGACCGCAGGAGGAGGGCUGAAGAGGAACUCAGUUCAGUUACGAUCAUCUCUCCAGCGGCGGGUGGCAGACCUGAACCUGCCACUGCUCCCUGCAGCCCUUCAGGGGAAGACGGAUAGGAAGAACCAGCUAAACAGCAUGGACUACUGAGACAGAUAUGCGAUAGAAAGGCAGUGAUAGUGGCCAGGAAAUGGUGCAGCGAGAAGAGAAGUUAGUACUGAGGUUAGUGACAUGUUUAGAUAAUAGAUUAGAAAUACUGACCUGUGUUGAAAUGCUAGCAACAUAAAGGUGAAUGAAAGAAAAGAUGGAUAAGGGAUGGAAGUUAUGAAAUACUGAGUAGAGGUAGGGUAGCAGAAACAGGUGUAAAUGGUAGCUAAAAAUAUAUGCUAAAGCUAAAUUCUUCACUGUUCCAUUCAUGCCUUGCUCACAAACAGGACUCCCAACCAAACAUACCACAUACAGUAUGAGUGUUUUAUAUGCUGCAGUGCCAAACAUUUACCUUUAAGCUCUUUAAUCUUUGUUUAAAAGGCUUAGGUAGAGCUAUUUGGUCUAAACCAGGGGUGUCAAACUACAUUUCAUCACGGGCAACAUCAGCAUUAUGGUUGAACUCAAAGGGCCAGUUGUAACUUUAAGACUAUAUAUAAAUAUAUAAUAUGUAUACAAUUAUGUAUUGUAUUACAUUAUUGCCCCUGCUUUGGAUUAUUAUAGGGUAAUAACUUUGUAAUUAACUACGUCUGAUAGCAGAAGUCUACUGCAAAUAAUUGCAAGUCUCUUCAGUGCGCAUGUCACACAAUGAGAUGCAUUGUGGGACAUGUCGUUUAUGGGCAACGUGCUUCUGUAAAGCGGCAUAUAAACGUAUUAUAUUCUUUCAGAGUUCUUGCGGGCAACAUAAAAUGAAGUGGGCCUUGAGUUUGACACCCCUGGUCUAAACCAUUUCAUGUUUAAUGUAGACGUAUGGAUCUAUUUGUAUUCACUGCUCCUGAACCCAUUUUUGUACUGACAUUGAAAGUCAAAGUAAAAAAGGUAUCAAUUCUACUGUAA